AUGACAAUCACAAAGCUCGGCGAUGUCUCAUCAUCCUCGUCUGAUGCAUCCAGUUGUUUGGAUCCAGCAACCACGACAUUUUCUCCAUUCAUGAAAUUGCCACCAGAGAUCCGUCAUCAGAUAUACUUGGCUGCUAUCCCAUCCCCUGGUGUCAAUUUCUUCAACAUACACAGUUUUCCAAACGACCACCAUGGCGCUAAUAGGAGCACAUCUCCGCCAAAUCUUCACUUGGACCUGCGCAGACUAUCCAUUGACGAUGAUGACGACGAUGUGGCCAAGUACGACCCUUCAGUCUGGCAGAUCCGACAUGCUCUCCGUCAAACUUGCCGCGAGGCUAGGAUCAUCUGUGCCAUUCCAGAGGGCAAGGUCGUCUGCUUGACCUUGUCUAUUCCCAAGAGAGGCCUGUUUACACACGCCGGCGAUGGACUCCAGCGGUCCAUGACGCCCUUACUGUUGCCAGAUCGGCAUUUUGAGCCCGCCGUUUACCGGCAAGUCCAGAUACACGCCGAUGAUGUGGUGGCCUUGUCGGUGGAAAACUGCAGUUUCAAUAUUGUCUUUGAAGAGUCAACCAUGUUCCAUGUCGGGCGUGACGAUGAGGAGGAUGAAAUCAAUCUCGGAUGGGCAUAUGAUCCACAAUUCAAGGACGGGAGGCCUCUGGGCAUUCCCAGCACAAGAUUCUGUCUCAACUUGGCCCGGGAUGAAUGGGCUACCAUGCGCGCGCUCGAGGAAAUCGCUGGUGCUUUACUUGAAGCAUCCACCGGUGCCGGCCAAGAUGUCCCAGGCAAUGAUGCGAAUCGCGGGCUCGUAAUGCUCGAUAACGAGGCCGAACAUAUGGAUGAUGUCACUCGAAAGUAUCGCAAGAAACAGCUCAAACAAUAUUGGGAUCGCUGGGAAGAUUUAUACAUUUCCAUCCCUUGGGACUAUGAAGACUUGCCAAUGAACCUCCAACUCAUGAAGAUCAGUCCGGAAAAAACGUCUCUACGAACAAGAUACUUGAGAUCAGCGAUACUGAGGAGUCCGAAACGACCACUAUAA